AUGCCUAAUAACAAUUUCAACAUAAAUGUGCGUGAUCAUGAUGGCAACACACCUUUGAACAUUCUAGCUAAAGUUGACGGCUGGGUCUCAUUUAAACUAUUUGUUGAGCGCGGGGGAGACCUCAACAUUCCUGACAGCGAGGGAUGGACUGUAGUUCAUAAACUAGCCAUGCACUGGAGAGAUCUUUCUGAUAUUUUAAUCACAUUAGUGGAAUAUGGUGCAGAUAUACACAGGUCAGGACCAGGACACAAGACAGCCGUGAUGCUGGCACUGGAGAACAGGAACUGGCCAGUUUUUUGGCAACUCUUACAGUUAGGAGCUUCCUACGACUGGGAUCCAGCUGAAAAAGGCUUACUUCUCAAACACUUGUGUCGUUUUCCAAUAAGUAAUAUUCAAGUAAAUCAACUUCGACGAAUUAUAAGUUCUCUUACACAGCCAACUGCUAGCAGAACAUGCUCCCUUGGUGCCAGUGUUUCAAGUCAAGCACAAGCAUCCUUACAAGCAGGCGCAAGAAGUUCUGAGUUGACAGUAGUCCAGCAUCUUCAGUCCAGAGAUGAUGUGACAAUUUAUGAAAGGGAGGAAAUACAAGACUCAGAUGGCGAGUCAAUUAAUUCAGAAGCAAAAGGCAUUCGCCAGUUUGUAGAAGAAGCAACUACUCAGCCCCGAUCUUUGGAAUCUCUUUGUCGUCUCGUUGUUUCUCGCUCUCUACCUUGCGGCGUGAGCAGAACUGACUUUGUUAUGUCCCUUCCUAUCCCGACAAUCUUGAGAGACUAUGUACUGUUCACUGAUGAGGUAUCCCAGCUUCAUUCUUCCUUAAAAGUCUUGGAACGAGAUCCAUCGUUCGAGUACGACACAGAUGAUGAGUAUUAUUUCUAUGAUUCUGAUGAUGAGGAGACUGACGAAGAGAUUAAUACUGAUGUGGAUGAGCUUGGCAAUAAUGAGUAA